AAAAAUUAAAUAGAACGGCGUGAAAAGAAUCUCGCGCACCAAAUCCGCUUUACGCCAGCAGCGCUGCAAAGUGCGUUGCGUCGCUGCCCAGGUCGCCAUCAUAGCAAAAAAAAAAAAAAAAUUUUUGAAAAGAAAAUAUUUUUGAGAUCUCCAAUGUCUGGAAUAUAAUAGUGCCAUAUAUACUAGUAUCUAAUUGCCACAGAAAAGUUUGAAUGUGCGGGAGUUGAUUCUUUGAAAAGUACAGUGCUGCAUUGCUUUCCCUUCCGCACACCACACUCCCCCACACUCCACUCCACUACACACUCCAAUCCAAUCCAAUCCAAUCCAAUCCACUACACUACACCACACCACCUCGCAGUUAAUAUGCAAUAUGGCAGUGCAAAUGCGUAAAAAUCACAUCGUUGACGGGAGACGUGGGGAAUAAGACGAAAAACUGAACGAUUUUGAAAACCAUGUCCGCCAAAACUGAGGCGGACAAUACGACGGCCGCCAGUUCGGGCGGUGGAGGCGGAGCCACCAACAGUGGAACUUCAUCAUCAUCUGGCGGUGUAUCUGCCAAUGGAACAGGAACAGCGACACCGGCCCGUCGCCUACGCACUCGCAACUCAACCGGCAAUGGAACGACAAGCGGUGGAGAUUCCGCCAAGAAAUCUGGUGCCAGCGACGAGUCACCCACACCACUAACACCUGCCGGAGGAGCAGCAGGAUCUCAAGCCGGAAACAAUCAACAAUCGACGACAGCCACCACGCCGGCAGCUGCGGAACAACGACCCAUGCCCAGCGUACCGAUGAACCACGCCAGCAGCAGUGUCUCGGCCAGCAAAAAGUAUCACAACAGCUGCCCCCAUCCCACGCCCACGCCCACACCCACUGGCAUUAAGAAGACAGUCCACACCCAGCCGCAUAGCAGCAAUAAGUUCGAUCAGAGCAAGAACGAGGAGUUCCACUUCGAUACGCCGCCCGAGUGCCCCGUGUUCCGGCCCACCGUCGAGGAGUUCAAGAACCCCCUGGCCUACAUCAGUAAAAUUCGGUCCGUGGCCGAGAAGUGCGGCAUUGCCAAGAUCCUGCCGCCGGCCACCUGGUCGCCGCCUUUCGCCGUCGAUGUGGACAAGCUCCGGUUUGUGCCGCGUGUCCAGCGGCUCAACGAGCUGGAGGCCAAGACGCGGGUGAAACUCAACUUCCUCGAUCAGAUCGCCAAGUUCUGGGAGCUGCAGGGCUCCUCGCUGAAGAUACCCAUGGUGGAGCGCAAGGCACUGGACCUGUACACGCUCCAUCGCAUCGUCCAGGAGGAGGGUGGCAUGGAGCAGACCACCAAGGACCGCAAGUGGGCCAAGGUAGCCAACCGGAUGCAGUAUCCUUCCAGCAAGAGCGUGGGCGCCACUCUCAAGGCGCACUACGAACGCAUCCUCCAUCCCUUCGAGGUGUAUACUUCCGGUAAGGUAUUGGGAGGUUCCACGGGAGGAGGUACCGCCGGAGUCGGCGGCACUCCCGUCAAGCUGGAGGACGGCGGCGGCACGGACUACAAGGCCCACGAGAUACCCACUCGCCAGCAGAUCGCGCCGCCCAAUGAGACCAGCACACGGCGUUCCAAGCGCUUCGGCAACUCCAGUGCCAGCUGUGGGUUAAGUGUUUCCACUCCUGGAACCAAGCCCAUGAUCGUCAAGACGGAAGCCAAGGAGGAGUUCAAGCGGGACCUUCUCAGCAGUUUCAACGCCGUGAAUAGCACCGCCACUCCCGGCUCUGGUGGGCCGACCCGCGGUGCCAGCCAGAAGAAGGGCAGCGAGCAGCCGCCGCUCAUCGUCGAUCCACUGAUGAAGUACAUCUGCCACAUCUGCAACCGCGGCGACGUCGAGGAGUCGAUGCUGCUCUGCGACGGAUGCGACGACAGCUACCACACCUUCUGUCUGCUGCCGCCUCUGACUAGCAUUCCCAAAGGAGAGUGGCUCUGUCCGCGCUGUGUGGUGGAGGAAGUCAGCAAGCCGCAAGAAGCCUUCGGCUUCGAACAGGCCGAGCGGGAGUACACCCUUCAGCAGUUCGGCCAGAUGGCGGACCAGUUCAAGCAGGAGUACUUCCGCAAGCCAGUGCACCUGGUGCCCACUGAAAUGGUCGAGCGUGAGUUCUGGCGCAUUGUGUCCUCCAUUGACGAGGACGUGACCGUCGAGUAUGGCGCCGAUCUGCACACAAUGGAUCACGGUUCUGGGUUUCCCACGAAGAGCUCGCUGUAUCUGCUGCCGGGCGACCAGGAGUACGCAGAGUCCAGCUGGAAUCUAAACAACCUACCGCUGCUGGAGGACUCGAUCCUGGGCCACAUCAAUGCCGAUAUCAGCGGCAUGAACGCGCCCUGGAUGUACGUGGGCAUGUGCUUUGCCGCCUUCUGCUGGCACAACGAGGAUCACUGGAGCUACUCCAUCAACUACCUGCACUGGGGUGAACCGAAGACCUGGUACGGCGUCCCUGGCUCCUGUGCCGAGCAGUUCGAGGAGACUAUGAAGCAAGCGGCGCCGGAACUGUUCUCCUCCCAGCCGGAUCUUCUGCACCAGCUGGUAACGAUUAUGAAUCCCAACAUCCUGAUGAACAACCGGGUCCCGGUGUAUCGCACCGACCAGCAUGCCGGCGAGUUCGUGAUCACCUUCCCCCGGGCCUACCACGCCGGCUUCAAUCAGGGCUACAACUUCGCCGAGGCGGUCAACUUCGCGCCCGCCGACUGGCUAAAGAUGGGGCGCGAGUGCGUCAACCACUACUCGAUGCUCCGGCGCUUCUGCGUCUUCUCGCACGACGAACUCGUCUGCAAGAUGGCCCUGGAGCCGGCGAAGCUGACCUUUGGGAUCGCCACCGCCUGCUACAUCGACAUGGCCGAGAUGGUGGACACCGAGAAGAAGCUGCGCAAGUCCCUUCUCGAGUGGGGAGUGACGCGGGCCGAGAGGCGAGCCUUCGAGCUGGUCAGCGACGAUGAGCGCCAUUGCCAGGAGUGCAACACCACGUGCUUCCUCUCGGCGGUGGCCUGCGAGUGCAACGACAAGCUGAUCGUCUGCCUCCGCCACUACACUGUGCUAUGUGGAUGUGCUCCCGAGAAGCACACACUGAUCUACCGCUAUACGCUGGACGAGAUGCCGCUGAUGUUGCAGAAGCUGAAGGUCAAGGCGCACAGCUUCGAGCGAUGGCUCUCGCGCUGCCGUGACAUCGUCGACGCGCACACACCCACCUCGGUGACCCUGCAGGAGUUGCAGGAGCUGUGCAAGGAGGCCGAGAGCAAGAAGUUCCCCUCAUCGCUCCUGAUCGACCGCCUCAAUGCGGCAGCCAUCGAGGCAGAGAAGUGUGUGACAGUCAUCCAGCAGUUAGGCAUCAACAAGGUCCGCACUCGAUCUGAUCACAACCAGGAGGCGGCCCAGUACAAGCUAACCAUGGAGGAGCUAGAGCUGUUUGUCCAGGAAAUCGAUAAUCUCUGCUGCAUCAUCGACGAAGGCGCCUCGGUGCGGGAACUACUCGUGCUGGGCAAGCAGUUCGUCGACCGGGCUGAGAAGCAGCUGCAGCUAACUCUGGAGUCCCUCGAGGAGAGUGAGCUGGAAACGCUGAUCAGCGAGGGCAGCUCGUUGCGGAUCGAGCUGCAGCAGCUGGACCUUCUGCAGAAGCGUCUGAAGCAGUGCAAGUGGUUCAAGCGCUCGCAGGGCCUGCGGGAGACCAGCUCCAAGCUGACCUACCAGGACGUCAAGAAUUUACUUCACAUGGCAGCGGCCGAUCUCGAUCCCACGGAUCCCUAUGUGGACAGGGAGAUGCGCAAGUUGCAGCAAAUCGGAGCGGAAAUCGAGGCUUGGGAGGCACAGGCGGCAAAGUACUUCCGCCGGCUGACCCAGCAGCACGAGCUGGUCGAGAUCGAGCAGUUCCUGAAGUCGGCCGGCGAGAUCAACGGUCAGUUGCCGUCGCACGGUCUCCUGAAGGAUGCGCUGCGGAAGGCGCGCGAGUGGCUACGGGCCGUAGAGCAACUGCAGCAGAACAACCACGUCACCUAUUGCCACACCCUCGAAUCGAUGAUCGAUCGGGGCCUGAAUAUACCCAUCCAGCUGGAGGAGCUCAGUCGAAUGCAGGGCCACCUGAAGAGCGCCCACCAGUGGAAGGAGAACACGGCAUGCGCCUUCCUCAAGAAGGGCACUUUCUACACGCUGCUGGAGGUGUUGAUGCCACGAGCCGAUCCCAUCAACAUUGACUCAGAUCUCAAACCGCGUUUCCAGGACGAUUUUCUGAAAGAGAAAAAUCCGGCGGAGAUCGUGGCCAGCUUCAAGCACGCCGAGGAGCGGGAGUUGCUAGAGAUGCGCGACUUGCGGCGCCAGAACAUGGCCAAGAACACCAUGCGCGACAUAUUCUGUUUGUGCAAGUGCGACUUCCGGGGUCUGAUGUACAACUGCCAGCUGUGCCGCGACUGGUUCCACGAGGACUGCGUUCCUCUGCCUUCGGUGACGAAUUCGAACGGAGUUCCCAACGGUGGCGCCUCCUCGGGUGCCAAUCGCCCGAAGUGGCUAUGCCCCAGCUGCGUCCGGUCGAAGCGGCCACGCCUGGAGACCAUCCUACCGCUGUUGGUGCAACUGCAGCAGCUGCCGAUCCGAUUGCCGGAAGACGAGGCACUCCGUUGUUUGGCGGAGCGAGCCAUGAACUGGCAGGACAGAGCCAGGAAGGCCCUCAGUAGCCCCGAUGUCAGUGCAGCGCAGGAGGCGAUUAUGGCCCAGCAGCAGCAGAAGCGUCGCUCGGAGAUCGGGGGAGCCGGGGUGGGCAAUAUCAGCAGUCCGCGGAAGGCGCGACGCCACGCCUGCCUGGCGAAGGAGACGGGCGGGUCCACAGAGUCCGAUGUGGACGACGACGAUGAUGAGGACGAGUGUCGGCUGCGCAUCGUCGAGGACGGCUUCAGCAACGACGAGGAGGAGCCACGCUCUGCCGCCUCGGCCGCCACCGUCCCUAACAGUGAGUCCAACUCCGAUCUCCUAAAGCUGCUGUCCGACAGCGAAAUCGAGAAUCUGCUCGAUCUGAUGAUGGAGGGCGACCUGCUCGAGGUCUCCCUCGACGAAACGAUGGAACUGUGGCGCAUUCUGGCCACGAUGCCGCCCACCCUGCAGGAGGUGGAGGCCAUGGACCGAGUGGCCCAGCACCUGCAGCGCCAGCAACAGCAGCAGACAUCUCAGUCGUUGGUCAACUCGGGCGCCGAGGACUCCAACGACAGCCUGCUGGUCCAGAACAGUCCCAACAGCAACAGUAACAGCGGCAGCGCAGCACCGGCGUCCGCGAACAGCGGCGGUCGCAACAAGAAACGGCGCUCCAACGACACCAGCGGCAACGCUGCUGUGCCCCGCAAGAAACAGAGCACGCCCAAACAGACGCCGGGCAAGAAGGGCCCAGCUGCGACGGGUGCUGGUCGCAAGAGCGACUCGAAGGCGGUGCCAGCUGCCGCCGUAGCAGAUGCCGAUGUGGAGAACAAGCAGUCGAAUGGCGGGAAUACGAACUCCAAUGCUGGGAGCACCACGCCGACACCCGGAUCGGGCCAAAAGAAACGCAAGCGCACAUCCAACACAGCCAACAAUAACAACAACACUAGCACCAACAACAGCAACAGCAGUAGCGCCACCAACAACGGAGGCACUGGCCAGGCAGCAACGGCGGCCAGUGGCGGCAAUAGCUCGACCAGCGGCCAGAAGAAGCACGCCCAGCGAUCGCAGCAGGCGGCGCAGGAGGACGACGAGGAGGAGUGCCGGGCGGAGAACUGUCACAAGCCCACCGGACGGGAGGUGGACUGGGUGCAGUGCGACGGUGGUUGCAACGAGUGGUUCCACAUGUACUGCGUGGGCCUGAUCCGGAGUCAGAUCAAGCCCGACGACGACUACAUCUGCAUCCGAUGCACCAAGACGGUGGCCAUCGGGGUGUCCAGCCAUAAUCUGGGCGCGAAUACGACGACGACGCCGGGCAAGCAGCGGACAGUGCAAUCGGCGCGAUAGAGGACGACGCGGGGGAUUGCUAGAUUAUAGAUUUUUUGGAACAGGAACAGCCGAUUUGUGUUUGAAAAAAAAUUAAACACACACCAGGAGGAAUAGUAGGAGGAGCAGGAAGAGGAGAUAGCAAGCGAUGUGCGCCGACUAACGGCCAUUACUAAGUUUAGUAAAAGUCACUUGAAAGUUUUGUAGUACAUACUUACCAAUUAUCACUACAUUUACUCAUCCGCAGCGUAAAAAACAAACAAAUAAUUGAAAAAGCAAACAAAAAAAAUGGAAACAAGUAACAAGAAUCAAACAUAAGGGUAUCUUUUAAGUGAAAAAUAAGAAAAAAAAAAAAUAAGAGAGAAACCAACACAUAAAUAAUUUUUGUUGAUUUAAAGAUUCAAAGAGAGAGAGUCGCCCCGCCCCCAUUUAUGUUCGUUAAACGUUCUUUUAUUAUUAUUAUAUUUUAUUUUUACCUUUACCAUUACCUGCUACUUAUAGUUUUUGUUAAUUUAAUCACUUUUGUGUUCGCUUUAAGAUUUUUACAACGCACACACGCAGUUUUUAAUAUUAUUUUAUUUUAAUAAUUUGCGACCGUUUGCGAAGUUUGCUUUACUUUUGUACAUUUUUUGUUCAAUCGACUAACAAGAAAUAUAUAUAUAGUAUAUUAUUAACAAUCUUCCGAUAUAGUUUGCGUGGCGCCUUGUAAAAACACCUUUCUUUGUAUGUUUUUGUUUAUAAAAAAAAAAAAAAAAAACCGAUUGAUUUCAAAGUGUUAGGCUAUAAGAAAAAAAACCAACCAACCCCCAAGUCCGAGUCUAGUUUAAAAGAAUCUAACACCCCCCUACUAUAACACCUAACACCCAAAAAAAAAAAAAACAAAAGAAAAACUUGUUAAUAACGGUCAUACAUACAACAUAUUAAUUAAAUUCAGUAUAAAUCUAAGUUUAAAUUUAAAAAAAUACAAUGAAAAGUGUAUAAUUUUUAAUUCUUAAUUAGUAAGUUGACUAGAAAACAAGCAACUUUGGAGUAAACGUAAAUUUAUAAUAAAAAAAAAA